AUGGAAGAACUUGGAAUGCAAGAAAGACUUGACGAGGCAAUUUACCUAAUUGAAAUUAACGAGCUUGUUAAAGACUUCCUCAGGCAGAAUGUAAAAGGCAAGCUUGUUAACGGUUGGAUAACGGGAAGGGCUGCCUUGAAUCUCGAGAUUUCGACUGGAAUUCCAAUUGAGGUACCAGAAGGCACUCCUUUCGACGACAUAAAGGAGAUGAAGAAAGAAGCUCUUCUCAAGUUCUUUGCAAAGCGCCCAUGGAUACAACUUCCAAACAGAGAGAGUCCAAUUCCACGAAUUAUACAAAUUCUCAGAGCACUGUUCCACUUCUCGGGUCAGCCGUUCUACAUAACCUCAGAAGGCGACAUCCAACCAGUUCAGUAA